AUGGGAUCAGACGAAGAUUACAUGGCGUUCCUCGACAAAGCCAACGAGGAUCCCAGUGCUGGCACAUCAAAGGCUACGAGCAGUAAUAAAAAAGCCGAGUUCAAGACGAUGGAUGAUGAUGUGGAUGUACCUAGCGUGUUGGUUAGAGCAACCAAGGAUGCGUGGUACACCAGUGAUACCGAUGAACCAUUUGUUGUUGUGGCGCUGAAAUGUGAAGGAGGAAUGCCGGAUGAAGAAACAUUCGCGAAGCUCAUAGCCCAUCCUGCUCCCGCAGACGCAGCGGAAGAAAUACAGAUUAUGGAUAUUGGGGAGUGGGAUCCGCAGGGACAGUAUAAGCAGAUUGUGCAGGCAGUGAGGGAUGCUAGUAAGGGGAGUGAUGUGAGGGUUUAUAGGGUGUCGGGGGAGGGAGCGAGAGUUGAGUAUUGGGUUGUAGGGGUUGAGGGGGGGAGAUUGGUUGGAGCGAAGGCGUUGAGUGUGGAGAGUUAGGGGGUGAGGAGAGGUGAGGGGAAAAGAUUGUUUAUACCUGGCGUUUCUUGACUUUUGACUCUUGAGGGAUCUUGGGGGAUUGGGGUACAUGAUAUAAUGAUGAUGAAUUGAAUAAAGUGAAAGACGAAUUGGAUACUUUGAGUAUGAGACGAGAUGAGUUAUGAUUCAUUCAUCUUUCGGCAAGGAAAUGUAGAUACGCAUAUCUAGGUACUCUUUGUCGAGUGACAUUGAGAAUCUAGCAUGGGCUACACGGCGCAUUUCUCUUUCAAAAAGCUUUUUGGAAGAUACUAUCAACCUCUUUUUUAAAUGUCUUGGUUUUAUUCUUGUAUUCUAUGCCAUUCUCAUCUGUCUUAACCCAUUUCUCUGUCCGCGAAUCUGCCAAUUAUAUUCUUCGUUCCUUCCUCUCUCCUUCUCUUCUUUAUAUCCUUCUUCAUUGCAUCCAACUACCUAAUGCCUUCAAAAAACAAGUAGUGGGUAUACAAUGAAGUAGGAAUCUGUUAAUUACGUUCUUCUCUCCUUCCUUCCUUCUUUCCUUCCUUCCUUCUCUUCUUUCCUCUUUUCUUCGUUGUAUUCCACUACCUAAUACCUUUAUAAAACAAGUAGUGGGUGUACAAUGAAGCAGAACUUUCAAACCUCUCCCCUCUCUCGCAGAUAUAGUUCCAAUAGUCCAGAUCCAUCCGACAUAUGAUUCUCGAGGGGUCUACCUCACAAGAUCCGCCCUUCUCUCCUCUUAUGUUCUUUUCAUCCCGGGAUAUCGAAUCAUAUAUAUCUUGAUCCAUAUAUACAACAACAUGGGUUCAUCUUUAAAUACUCUGGUCCACAAGAUCUUUGAUAUCUCAUUUGACAUCUCCAAAUAUAGAUAGGGUUAUGAUUAUGGGUGUCUGCUUGCGAUAGUCCGUAUCGCAGUCUGAUAUUCAGGAGCUGGCAAUGUUUGAGAGUAUU